CCCGUGGAAGAGAACUUCAAAUCCCACAAUUCCUACUUCCGCAAUCUAGCAGGGCAUGUUGACGACUAGCAAGCAGAAGUACUUCACUUUCAGUAUCUUCUUGCAAUAAAUGUGACAAACGAGUUGUGGAGCACAGCGGAUCGAAUGUAGACAGCACCGGAAAUGAAAGUAUGACACCAGCCGUUGCUUCUAGCAACAAGAGUGAGACUGAAGUUUCUCAGAAGAUAAAAAGGUGUGUGUCCCCGCCAUAAGUAGCAGUGAUGGAUGGAGUAGCUCAAAGGGGGGCUGCAUCAUGGGAGAAUGGUACUCUGGCUCCUGUGGACCGCCUUCGCACCGAGAGGGCGGACAGCCCCACGCCAGGUCUAGUGGAGGGAACUGAACCAGGUGCCGGUCAGAAGAGCGCUAUGUUCAUCCAUGCUCAGUCUUUCGAGGAUCUGACUGCUGAGGCUGAGCAAGAGGUCGGGAGGGAGGCUGAACUGGACCAACCUGGAGAGUGUGGAGAAGAUCUCAAGGUGCUGGUGGGAGAGCAAACCAUAGAGGAGCAGCACAACAGUGACAUUGCAUCGGAGAGUCGGCCUAAGGAGGAAGAUGUGUCCAGUGAGGCAUGGAGGAGCCACAGGAAACACGUGUUUGUGCUGAGCGAGGCCGGAAAGCCCAUCUACAGCCGCUACGGCACAGAGGAGGCUCUGUCCAGCACCAUGGGAGUGAUGAUGGCACUUGUGUCCUUUGUUGAGGCCGAGAAGAACAUCAUCCGCUCCAUCCAUGCAGAUGGCUGUAAAGUGGUGUUUCUCGCCAAGAGCCCUCUGGUCCUAGUGGGCGUAUAUCGAACUUGCCAGUCAGACAAGGAGCUGCUGCGGGAGCUGCAGUAUAUCUACUACCAGAUCGUCAGCCUGCUUACCCUCACCCAGCUCAACCACAUCUUCAAGCACAAGCAGAACUACGACCUGCGGCGCCUGCUGGCCGGCUCCGAGUAUCUCACCGACAACCUGCUACAUCGUUUGGACCGAGACCCCGGCCUUCUUCUCAGCGCCGUCACCUGCCUGCCUCUGGCCAGUUCCUCCAGGGACGUGGUGUCAUCGAGCCUGCAGACCGCCAAAUCCAAAAACCUGGUGUUCUCCAUCUUGCUGGCGGGCGACUGCCUGGUUACUCUGGUGCGGAAAAAGGACCAGUUCCUGCACCACAUAGACUUGCACCUGGUCUUCAACCUUGUCGGCUCCUCCUCAUCAUUUCGAGAGGGUGAAGGCUGGACGCCAAUCUGCCUGCCAAAGUUCAACACUGCAGGAUUUUUCCACGCUCACAUUUCUUACCUGGAGCCCGCAUCCAAGCUCUGCCUCAUCCUGGUCUCCACUGACCGAGAGGACUUUUUUAACAUGUCCGACUGCAAGCAACGGUUCCUGGAGAGGCUGAACAAGCGCAGUGCCUACCAGGCCCUGAAGGAGGCAGUUAAAUGUCCCAGCUAUUCUGUAGAGCAGGUUUGCAUCCCGGAGCUCAGGCACUUCCUGUACAAAUCAAAAAGCUCAGGGCUGUAUACCAGUCCAGAGUUUCCUGCAGUGUACCAGUCUGAUGAAGAGCAGGAAAGGCUGAUGGGAUUGUACCAGGACCUCCACAGCCACUUGCAUCAUCCAACCAGACCUCUCCGUUCCUUUUACCGCUGCAGUGAAACUGAAAACCUGUUGGCAUGGGUGACAAGCGGCUUCGAGCUCUACCUCUGCUUCAGUCCGCUAGGGACCAAAGCCUUGGCCGUCUCUGCUGUCAACAAACUGCUGAAGUGGAUCAGGAAGGAGGAGGACCGCCUCUUCAUCCUGAGUCCUCUCACAUACUGAGCCCCUCGUCGCUGCCGGCUGACCUCCUGAAACAAAAAGGCAUCACCCUGAACGCAGACGGCCUUGUGCUAACAGCAGCGGUGGAUGAUGCAGCAGUCAGUUCAGUGUUGAAUGAUCCCCAAAGCAAUGUUUUGUUUGUUUUUUGCCUCUGGCAUUCCUCUGAUCUAAUAAACAGGUUUGUGAUGAUGAAAGUUGCACAAUGAGGGUAAUUUAAAGCUGUAUUUUAUCUGGCAAGACUUUUAUAACUUUAAAUUUGGAUAAACAGACUGAGGCAGCAUCAGCAUCAUCUGUGACACAGUAACAUAAGUGUUUGUAUGCUGUUGAAGUUGUUCCAUAAAGUGUUUUACUGUAACAGACCUAUUUUGCCUCUCAGUGUCUGAUAAAUGCUGUCUUUGUUUUUUUGUUUUUUUAAGUGCUAUCAGCUCAGUUAGAAUAAAAAAAAAGGAAUCUUCUGAAGACCUGCAGCAGAAUGUGUUCACUUGUUACAAGACACACUGUUAAAACAUGAGCUUAACCACAUUCCUAUUGUGUUUUCUAUUUACACGACGAACUGUAAGAACCAUCAUCAUUUGACCUCUAUGCACUUUCUUUAAGCAAAAGGCACUCCAAGAGAGUUGUUGUUGCUGCUGUCAUUUGAUUGUGUUAACGUGUGUACAUCUUCCAGGGUCCACAAGAAUUUCCCUCUUACAUGAUGACAUUUGUGUUUGCAUUCCUCAUAAUGCUCAUAUUAAUUAAGAAAAGCACUGUGUGACAUUUUAUCUGCUUGUGUCUAAUCACGAUAACUGCACUUCAGGGGAUCCUUUGCUUUGCUUAAGGAAUCCAAAGUUGCCACAUUUGCCUCCGCCGCUAAUCAUGCCUCAACUAACAGUCAUUAUGUGCAAAGCCAAUGUAAGGUUGCAACAGUGCCGAUUUAUGGCCGCUGCCAAUUUCACUAUUGUUCUAGAAAAAAAUAAAUCAAUGACUAGAAAGACAA